GUUUGAUGCUUGCUACAAGAUAAGAAAGAAUAUUCUAUAUUUGAUGUGAAAAGAAAAAGGCAAUGUCAAAUGCUACAUUUUUCAAUGAAUUUAUUCUUCUGGGAUUUUCUGAAUUAGAUGAAAUUUAUCUGGGAUUUUCCACUCUCCUGCUUUUGAUGUACCUUCUGUCACUUAUGGGACAUGCCUUAAUCAUCUUAGUGAUUUCCAUGGAACCUAAGCUCUGUACGCCAAUGUAUUUCUUCCUACUCAACUUCUCCAUAGCUGAGAUUUCUUCCACAACAUCAGAGAUACCAAAGAUGUUGGUCAAUAGCUUCUCUGGUACAAACACCAUCUGCUUUGCCUGCUGCAUGAUCCAAGGAUUUGUGGUCUUCACAAUGGGAGCUGUGGAAUUCAUUACCCUCACGAUCAUGUCUUUUGACCGCUAUGUGGCCAUCUGCAAACCUUUGUAUUAUCAAACCAUUAUGACUAGUGGACUCUGUCUCAAUCUGUCUUUGCUGGCAUGGAUUGGUGGGUUUGGACUCAUAUUUCCUCAGUCGGUCGUAGUGUGGACAUACCCCUAUUGCGGGCACAAUAAGAUUGAUCAUUUCUUUUGUGACAUUGGUCCAGUUCUGAAGUUGGCUUGUGCUGAUACAAUAGUGAUUGAGCUAAUAGGAUUCCUUUAUGGUGCUAUUAUAAUGUGGGGUUCCUUUGGGUUCUCUCUGAUUUCAUAUAUGUGCAUUAUAAACACCAUACUUCAGAUCCCUUCUGGCACCGGGCGGUCCAAAGCUUUUUUCACCUGUGCUUCCCAUCUCAUUGUUCUAACCAUCUUCUAUACAGCAGAUAUGCUUAUGUACUUGAAACCUUCAACACACGGUAAUACACGACUCAAUAAGUCAAUCUCUCUUGUGCGCACCAGCUUUGUACCCAUGUUAAACCCUUUCAUCUACACAAUCCGGAACAGUGAAUUCAAAACAGCUUUGUGGAAAACAGUAACCAAACAUAGGAGUUUCUAACAUGUUGCCUGACGCUAAAUACCUAGGUGUUUCCAUUACCUCUCUUUCUGAAAGAGAAAUAUGGAGUCCUUGGUGCUUUCUGAACCUGGUUGCUUUCUUGCAGACAUUUCAUUACCCAAAUGGGUAACAUCUUCAGCAUUGCUAGCCCUGACGAUGUUACCUAAUUGGGUGAUGGAAUGUCUGCAAGAAAAAAACCAAGCUUUUCUGUCAAAAAAGAAAAUAUUUUGUAAUCCUCAUCGCUUCUGUCUGUGGGAUCUCAUUCAGUGGUUGCAUAUCCUUCUGGGAAACUACGACAUUAUGUAUUAAACUAUGAAUUCUUUAAAAUAUUUCAUGAAUCUUGAGCAGUCUUUGUCCAUUUGACAAUGUUUACUUGCUCAAAGCAAAUUUCUUUCUUCCUAUUAUUUUGAGCAGUCAUCAAGUAUGAUAUCAGCUGUUGGCUUUUGACUAUGCUUGUUUAAUGACCUUGUGAUUCACUUAACAACCAUAGUGAUUCACUUAACAGCGGGGAAAAAGGUUAUAAAAUCAGGUUGUGGUUCAGUUAACAGUCAUCAUGCUUAGCAAUGGAAAUUGUUUGCAAUUGUGGUCAUAAGUUGAGGAUUACCUGUAUUCAGUUUACUGGAGGGUCUCAGAAACAUAAGUAAUGUAUAAGAAGGUGAAUGAUCCUGUUCUCAGUCUGACUUCAAGAGAAUAAAUUUCUUCAAGAAUGAGGAACUCUGAGUAAUUUCCCCUUUUCUAUCUACUUUUGGUUAGGAAAUGUGAAGGAAGACUGAACAGCUCCCAUCAUUUUUCACAGAUCACUGCCUCCCAUGUAAUUUA